AUGUUGCCUGCAGAAAACCCACCGGAAUCCCAUGCAUCUCAGGAGUCUCUUGGCCCCGCUACAACGUCUUCUCAACCAAGAAGAACCAAGCGGCCCUUCACGCGGCAACGCCGGGGGUGCCUGACAUGUCGUCAACGCAGGAAAAAGUGUGACCAACAAUCACCCGUCUGCGGACACUGCCUACGGCUGAACCUGGUUUGCGAACAUGAGCCCCCCCAGAAACUAAGGGUACCUGCGACUGCCUCAACGGGAAGGGUGAUGGCGGCAGAUGCAAGAGCCAGCAGUGAUACCAGUCCCCCGAUUGUGGUCGGGGUCCCGCAGCAUGGAAGAGCACGUAUCAAUGAGCCUCUCGAUCUAGUUCGCCCGGACGAGGGUUAUCGCCAAGACUUGAGUGUCAGCCGCCGGGCCAUGGUACGAUAUUACACCAUGAAUCUCGCUACCAUGCUGUCGACUACCGCUGAGAAUAAUUGCUUCCUUUCUGUUCUAUUACCAAUGGCUUUCGAUUACCCUGUUCUCCUUGACGCCAUCGCUGCAUUGUCAUCCGCCUAUCUUGCCACGUGCUACCCAGGGUACAACGAUGUCUCGCUGGAGCACCGUGGCCGCGUUCUAUCGGCUCUCAGCCUCCACCUCGGACAAAAUGACAGUCUAUCUAGUGACAUGUGUCUUGCCGCCGCUUUGAUCAUGUGCGCAAUGGAAACUAUCACAGAUGGGACCAGUAGCAGUUGGACCAGUCAUCUUGCCGGUGCAGCGGCGGCAAUUCAAUCUAAAGGCCACCCGCUGUUGAGGUCACAACCCCAAGAAGGUCAACGCAGCGACCCGUUAUCGGAUAGUAUGAGCUUUGAAAGCAAGUGGCUCCGCCGAACCUUUGCCUAUCACAAUAGCCUCAUGAGUUUCUCAUUAAACUGCCGGCCUCUGUUAACGGAUGGAUAUUGGAGGGCAUCUGAUGAUGCCUUGGCCGACCCUUACUGUGCUUAUGCGUCUCAAGUUAUCUACAUACUGACCGAAAUCAGUGACCUCAAUGUUGAGAGUGCCGAAUCUAUUGAGAGCUCUGGGGUGAUGUACGACCACUUACUACAAAAAGCUGGUAGCAUUGCAAAUGAUCUGAGAAAGUGGGAGUGUCCCCCUACCGGGACUUCCACCGAGCAUCUGGCUCUGCUGAGUGAGACAUACCGUUGUGCUGCCUUUGUAUACCUCGAAUCCGUUCUGCGCAAGUAUCAUCCACAUCUCAUCUCAGAGCUAAUACCAGAAGGAAACAUGUUCUACAUCGAAUCCAUCUGUAAAUAUGCAGAGAUUAUACCCGAGGGCUCUCAGGUUGACUGCUCAUUGCUCUUUCCUUUGUUUGCCGCAGGUACCGAAGUUGAUGAUCCUCAUUAUACUGCCCUCAUUCGAAACCGUCUGGUGGGGAUGAACAAGUGGAGGAGUUUCAAAAAUGCUGAUUCUUGUGUCGAAUUACUUGAUGAGAUCUGGAAAAUGAGAAGGGAGGAGGAACAUCGUGUAGACCGGAAAAGAAUAGAUUGGCGGAAUGUAGCCACGUCUCGGGGGUGGCAGCUGGCAUUGUUUUGA